CACCUGGAAUGAAAAAAUAAGCAAAUGAAAGUGUUGGGUACAAUGAUGCCAGUGUGAAACGUUCUGUUGAUACGAUUGCUUCUUUACAUGGAAAAAUGUCGUCUUCAAGUACAAGCAUUCCCUCUCUGAGAAGAACAGGGGAUGACCUUAAUAUUCAAAAUAAUGAUGGCACUACGAUUGCUUUCUUUUCAAGUGCAAUCACUGACAGCGUAAUCAUAAACAAUCAGACUGAUAUUACAGGAAGUACAUCAUUGGAUGAUAUUUUUGGGGACAGCAGUGAAAUCCAGAUAUAUUCCAACACAAAUCCUUUCAUCAAUUUUGAAUCUGCUGAAUGUAAGGCUGACGAUUCUUCAGGGUCGUAUCAUACUGCCUUUUGUUCAGAAACAUCCGAACAUUUCAGCAACUGCAGCGAAACCUUUGAAUUCACCAAAGAGGACCUCUCUCCCGAACAAACAGAUGCAGAACCCGCAGCCAGCUACGAAAAUGAUUUCUCACAAUCUGCUUAUAAAACAGAGCACUUAUUCUACAAGGCUUCAAAAAACAGAAACACUGAUGAAAACACUGGGCAGCUCACUUACAGUAACCAGGAUAAUGAACAGUACUCUGAAAUGACUUCUAAUUCAGGUUCAUGGAAGAAGAGUGAGCAGAGUUUUAAUACUAAUAAAGAUGGUGACCAGCAAGAUCUUUUCAUAGCGAUGAGGGAUAAACCUCAUCUAAAUGUGGUCUCAACUGAUCUAAACCUGAGUAAUUCAAGGUUUGUCAGACACUGUGUAAAGGAUCCAACAGUGAGUGGGAGAGACAGAAGUGGCAUUGGCACAGAGAGGCAGGCUCAGCUGUCACUCUCCUCCAAGAAUAGGAACAUUCCUGAGCACAGCAGCACACAGCUUCCAGCCAGAGAAGAGCAGCCGGGAAUGACAGGGUGCAGUGACUCAGCGUGCCGUUUCAGCUCCACAACCCAGGAAGAAAAGCUCUGGGACGCCAAGAAACAGAACUCGACAGCCCACAAAAGAAGCACCUUUUCAGAAACCAACAGGCACGGAGGAGCAGAUUGUACCAGUGAAACCUCAAGCAUGGGAAGUGAAUUCGAUGAAGUUGACAAUGAAGUCAAGUGUCUCACAGAUUUGGCCUUUAAAAGUUUAUCAUACCCUCAAGAUGAUUAUCUUGCCAUCUAUAACUCAAGUUACAACAGAUCUUCAACCAAUGUGUCACAGCUGUCGACAGAAAGGAGUCAUGGAGUAAAUGCUUGGCCAGCUUAUGAUGAUUUUUGUGGGUCUGGAAUUAAUGAUGCAGAUUUACCUGAAAACAAAGAUCUUGUUGACAGAUUUGAGAUGGGGAGUUUUGAGUGUGUGGAUGUUGCUCUGGAAAACCAAGAUCAAUUAAACACGAGCUGCAGCAAAAGGACUGUCCCGAAACGGCAAAUUCAACUCAAAAGACAGGAGGGGAAGGUUUCUCCAUCAAGGGUUCUUGCUGAAUGCCAGCCUACGUCCAGACCUUUUGAAAGAUGUGCUCAGGAUAUAUUCAUUCGUCAACACAGCACUCCUGCGGUUCUCCAGGAUGAAUCAAAUAAACCUGCAGAGGUGUUGGAUGAAAAUAGUAAAAAACAGAAACUACAUAAAUCAGUGUCUUUGGAUGAAACAUCUAGCAAAGCUAAAGUUGCAUCCAGUCUUAUAAAAAAUGUUUUAUCUAAAAAAAUGCAACAGGAACAUAAACUGCAGCUGGUAUGUGGGGAUGUUCAAGACGCAGAGCCGUCGUCCCUGCGAAGUCCUUCCUCAGUGUGUGACAAAGAAUUCAAAUAUUCUAACACUUCAUCCCGAGGAAACCUGUAUUACGGCUCUGGGGUGACAUCAGAUGGCAGCUUUUCUUCAGAACACUUACAGAUGGAUUCUCUCAUGCAAAGCAAAUUUGAUUCAAGCAAAGCAAAUAAGGUAAGCAAACUAAUAAUAAAGCACACCGGUUUAAAUUCAAAAACACAAGAGAAGCAUGGGAAGUAUGGUUUUCAAAACUAUGAAAAGAGUUUAACAAGAGAUUCUGACGCAGCCAUCAUUACCAGUGAACAGGGUAACAAGUCUAGAAUAGGAAUACCAUGGAGCAAUAAGAAAUUAUAUGGAGAUAAUAAUUAUCUUAACAAUGUAGCAAAACCAAUAGCAUGCACUAGCCAUGAAAAAAAGUUGGGGGAUUCAGAAAGUUAUGUUGCUAAAGAUUCUUUGGAAAGCGCACCAGCAGAGCCAGCUUCUGUUUGGUCAGCAUAUGAAUCUCCAAAGAAUGAUGCUCAUGAAGCAAAAACAGACGACACUCAGCACUUUAUAAGAAAUGUGUUUACAUCAAAAACACCAGAGAUAACUUUGAGACCCAGGAAUAGGACUGAAAAGAAGAAUCAUACUUUUAGCAUUGCAAGACUUUUAUCUCCCAAUACUGAAGGCAAGAGCUCUGCAAAACAAAACUCAGAACUGCUGUUUAAAAGUAGAGCCACUACAUGUAUGGAUCAACAGCGAUCUGAGCAACUGUCCCAGCUAGAGGUUAAAGAUAGCAAUUUAAAGAACAAACCAAAAGCGCCAAUGCAUAAGGUUACAGACAUCAGAAAGCUUGUCAAACAUACCUACAGUUUAUCCUUUAAGGCAUCAGCUAUUAUUUCUCCAAAGCCUGCAGAUCCAGAACAAACUCUGGAACCACCUACAUCUCCUCCACCACUGCUAGUAGAGUGCAAGGCAAUAAGCAGACAGGACAGCAUGCUGGAUCCCACAUCUCCUCUACCAGAGUGCAAGGCAAUAAACAGACAGGACAGCAUGCUGGAUCCCACAUCUCCUCUACCAGAGUGCAAGGCAAUAAGCAGACAGGACAGCAUGCUGGAUCCCACAUCUCCUCCAUCAGAGUGCAAGGCAAUAAACAGACAGGACAGCAUGCUGGAUCCCACAUCUCCUCUACCAGAGUGCAAGGCAAUAAGCAGACAGGACAGCAUGCUGGAUCCCACAUCUCCUCCACCAGAGUGCAAGGCAAUAAGCAGACAGGACAGCAUGCUGGAUCCCACAUCUCCUCCAUCAGAGUGCAAGGCAAUAAGCAGACAGGACAUCAUGCUGGAUCCCACAUCUCCUCUGCCAUUAUUGGUAGAGUGCAAGGCAAUAGGCAGACAGGACAGCAUGCUGGAUCCCACAUCUCCUCCAUCAGAGUGCAAGGCAAUAAGCAGACAGGAUAGCAUGCUGGAUCCCACAUCUCCUCCAUCAGAGUGCAAGGCAAUAAGCAGACAGGACAUCAUGCUGGAUCCCACAUCUCCUCUGCCAUUACUGGUAGAGUGCAAGGCAAUAAGCAGACAGGACAUCAUGCUGGAUCCCACAUCUCCUCCAUCAGAGUGCAAGGGAAUAAGCAGACAGGACAUAAUGCUGGAUCCCACAUCUCCUCCACCAGAGUGCAAGGCAAUAAGCAGACAGGACAUCAUGCUGGAUCCCACAUCUCCUCUGCCAUUACUGGUAGAGUGCAAGGCAAUAAGCAGACAGGACAGCAUGCUGAAUCCCACAUAUCCUCUGCCAUUACUGAUAGCGUACAAGGCAAUAAGCAGACAGGACAGCAUGCUGGAUCCCACAUCUCCUCUACCAGAGUGCAAGGCAAUAAGCAGACAGGACAGCAUGCUGGAUCCCACAUCUCCUCCACCAGAGUGCAAGGCAAUAAGCAGACAGGACAGCAUGCUGGAUCCCACAUCUCCUCCAUCAGAGUGCAAGGCAAUAAGCAGACAGGACAGCAUGCUGGAUCCCACAUCUCCUCCAUCAGAGUGCAAGGCAAUAAGCAGACAGGACAUCAUACUGGAUCCCACAUCUCCUCUGCCAUUACUGGUAGAGUGCAAGGCAAUAAGCAGACAGGACAGCAUGCUGGAUCCCACAUCUCCUCCAUCAGAGUGCAAGGCAAUAAGCAGACAGGACAGCAUGCUGGAUCCCACAUCUCCUCCACCAGAGUGCAAAGCAAUAAGCAGACAGGACAGCAUGCUGGAUCCCACAUCUCCUCCAUCAGAGUGCAAGGCAGUAAGCAGACAGGACAGCAUGCUGGAUCCCACCUCUCCUCCAUCAGAGUGCAAGGCAAUAAGCAGACAGGACAGCAUGCUGGAUCCCACAUCUGCUCCGACAGAGUGCAAGGCAAUAAACAGACAGGACAUCAUGCUGGAUCCCACAUCUGCUCCGACAGAGUGCAAGGCAAUAAGCAGGCAGGACAGCAUGCUGGAUCCCAUCUCUCCUCCACCAGAGUGCAAGACAAUAAGCAGACAGGACAGCAUGGUGGAUAAAGGCCAACAGCUAAUUGUUGAUAAACAGGUGUUUAAAAGCACUACUCAAAAGCUACUUCCUUGUCAAAACAGGGAAUAUGCUUCUAUUGCAGUACCAAAAACAUGUGAUUUUGAAGAAAGUGAAUCUAACAGUAUCACAAAGAAGGAUUUAAAGGAGGAAUCCAUGAUGCCACCAAACCGCAAUCUUUCAGAUACAUCUCGAAACUCCCAAAUCUACUCUGAGAGCGUGCGACCCAUGGAGGUAUACAGUACAGUAGAUCAACUAGAAAAAGGAAGCGAAACCUCACUGCCAAACAGGGAGGGGGACGAACCAAAUCCACAAUGUCUCCCAUCAAAAAACAGCCAUUCAGUUUCAAUGAUCAUCAAAGAGAAAGGUUUUCAAGCCGAUAUAGGAUUAUUUGAUAGUGAACCAAUUCACUCCCCCCCAAAGCAUGUCAACACACUUGAGGUACCAUUGCAAACCUGCACCUCCGAAGACAAAGUCAAGGAAGAGAACUCAGCACAAACUAACAAUUCCCUGUCAAUAAACAUGAAUCCAGCUUCAGCUACAGAGCUCAAUUCAGAGACAAAGAACGCAACUGAUAUCAUUGUUAAAGAUCUACAGCCUCAAGUUAAACACCAGCAGUCUACAAAUGAUUAUAAGUUGAAAGGGCACGCUCCAGGCUGUGCAGAUCAUAAUAUUACUUCAGAUGACCCAUCAGAAUACGAAGAGAAGCAAAGCUCCAGGCAGUUUGUUAGAACACAAGUAUCACCAGGACAAGCACCAUCUGAAAAUCCCACUAUGUCCUUUAAAAAGUGUUCUUCAGAUGGAUACAUAAGCCCACCACCACAAACACCUCCUCCGCUUGCUCCCUCAGGAGUACCACCUGCUGAAGUGCAGGAUCUAAAUGAAGCUUUGCUGACUGAAAGCCAACCAACAAAGAGGCCUCAGCUGCAAGCCCUGAACUCUGAACCUCUAAAUUGUGUAACAAUUCCUCCACAGGUUCAGCAGAAGAGCCCUUUAAACCCUUUCUCUUUUCAGCCAGGCUCUUUAGCAAAUUCAAACUUUCAACCCGAGCAAACCUUUGAUGACAAACCAUUUAAAAAAGAAACUUCUCCUGAUAAACUGUGUGGGAUCCCACCAUAUAGGCAGGUUGCUUCCCCGAAGAUGGUUCAGGAAGCCCGGCCACAGUUCAUGUGUAGCCCUGUAGGGUUCCCUUCGUCGUAUGCAACAGAGAGAGGAAAUGAAGGUCUUUCAUUUGCUGAAAACAUUGCGAAUACCAGCAUGCCUUGUUUUCAGUAUCAUCAGAGCCGAAGAAAAGUUCUGUAUGAUCCAGAGACUGGAAAAUAUUUUUACAUUGAAGUUCCUGUUCAGCCUCAGCGUAAAAUGCUUUAUGAUCCAGAAACGGGACAAUACGUGGAGGUGCUGAUACCUCAGCAAUGUUUAGCACAAAGCAGUGUGUAUCAGCCACCCACCUCUCUUUAUUCUUCUUUCGUGAACCCAGGAAUAUAUGGAUCUCCCUAUGUGCCUUACGCAGGUCUGCCAAUGCCUCCCCAUGCAGCUUCACCCUUGAGGCACCCUGAUCUGCACAAUCAGAAUUUACCCCAGAAUCACCUGCAGCUUAGCGGCACAGCUAACCAAGCCUUGCAGAACACCCAGCCUGCUGAACCCAGCUGUCUGGAAAGCAUGUAUUAUAUUCCUACAGGAAUGGCAGCAAGCUCCAACCCAACACAACCAUCCUUUUAUCAGAAGGCUCCUUCCGGUUCACCGGGGAAUAGUGCCAGUGUUCCAUUGCCUAUCCAGUAACAGCCAGCACAUGUAGCCAGCUUUACUGAGGGAUAAAAAGGAAACUUCUACUCAAAACUGUGUUUGAACUGUCAUUUAUACAUUCAUAAUCGCGAGUUCACUGUUAGGAGAAUGUUAUGAUGCAUAUGAGAGAGAGAAAGAUUUUAUUAUGCCUCCAGUUACCAAUACUCUCUUUUAGGAGUGGAAUAUGAUCCUUGACUGAGGUUCUUUUCAAAGCUUAGUACAGUAAGUGGAUUGUGAGUAAAUGUAAAGUUUUAAUUCUCAAAAGUAUACAUCUGCUUUUCCUUUGUAUUUCAGCUUAUAAUGGCUUCAAUUCAGCUAUUUAAAUAAUUACACACAGAAUGUGAUUCUCCUUACCAAAUUUUCAAAAUGACAACUGUCAAAUGACAACUUUAUCACACAAGCAUGCACCAAAUGAUGUUCAAAUGUUAGUGGCUGAUGAAGUCCAGUCGUGUACACUGUAGAAUUACAAUGAAAUCCAGUCGAGGUCACUGUGGAAUUACAAUGAAGUCCAGUCGUGUUCACUGUGGAAUUACAAUGAAAUCCAGUCGUGUACACUGUGGAAUUACAAUGAAAUCCAAUCGAGUUCACUGUGGAAUUACAAUGAAAUCCAGUCGUGUUCACUGUGGAAUUACAAUGAAAUCCAGUCAUGCACACUGUGGAAUUACAAUGAAAUCCAGUCGAGUUCACUGUGGAAUUACAAUGAAAUCCAGUCGUGUUCACUGUGGAAUUACAAUGAAAUCCAGUCAUGUUCACUGUGGAAUUACAGUGAAAUCCAGUCAUGUUCACUGUGGAAUUACAAUGAAAUCCAGUCGUGCACACUGUGGAAUUAAAUUGUGAGCUGUUCAUUUGUAAUAUCUGUUUGGGAUGCACUACUAUAUGUUGUACUUAGGGCAUGUUUUUAAGUUUUUUAUUAUUAUUUGGCAAAAGCAGUUAAUUUCGGUUAUUAAAAAUAAACCACUCAAAUGCAUCAAUUUUCAGUUUCGAUAAUUAAUAAAUUGCAUGUAAGUUUUACUAAUACACAUACAAACGUUAAUUUACAGUGUUGAAGUGAGGAUGUCCACAUUUAGGAUUUAGGCAAUUUAGAACUGUGGGUGCAUUUUGAAUCCGAGAAUUGUGAGAAGUAUUUUGUAUAUGCCCUAUACCGCCUUCGUAUCUAUCACUGUAAUGUUGGGGUUCAGAUAUGGUGAAAAAAUAACUCCUAUAUCAGUUACUGAGCUGGAUGCAGAUGGAUUCCACUCUUCCAGUUAUAUGACUGCAGCUCAUACGUUGUACACGUUGUUCCAACCUCUAAACCCACUCUCUGUCUGAUUUGUCAAUAAAGCUUAUUCAGUAAAGACCCUUCAGUAACUUUAUACAAACAAUUAGAAGGCAGACAUGAAUACAAAAAUUGCAGAUGGCCAAUAGCAAUGUCUGCACACUGCCCGAAUUCUGAAAGACGUUUUCUGUAUAUAAAAAGAGUACUGAAUGAUUGACAUUAUUACAAAUAUAGGACCAAAACCCAGUUUUGUCAGUUUAUAAAAAACAUUUAAAAGAAUUUUCUAAAUAGGUCUUCGGCGGUGUUUUUGCAGUUAUUUUCAGUUAAACUGAAAACUUCGUGUCCUAAUUCUACUCCAUAAAUGGUUAAUAACAAGGCUUCAAACUAUUAUUUCAACAAUUUCACGCUUGGGGUUUUACUGUCAAUCUUAUUAGCACAUUCAUUUUAUGCCGUUGACUUUAUUUUCACUUUGACUAGAUGAAGCCAAUGUGUCCACACCCACUGUGAAUUAAUACAUACCUGCUAACUCUGUGGCUUUAGGACCUGAGGCAUUACAAGCCCUUUACAGUCCUACAGGUUUUUUAGCUGGGUCUAUGGAAUAACAAGCCCUUUACAGCCCUAUAGGUUAUUCAGCUGGGUCUAUGGAAUUACAAGCCCUUUAC